AUGGCUUCCACCAAGUUUCCUCUCGCCGCUUGGUCUCGCAUUACUUCCAGCAAGCGCCUCUACCGAUCUUCCCAAGCCGUCUCCACCAUCGAUCAAAAGAUCUAUAUCUUUGGCGGCGAGUUGCUUCCACGUGAACCGGUUGAUAACAGAGUUGAUGUUGUCAGCCUUGAUGCUCAGGAGCAUGGUGCCCAGACACUUACGGCUCCUGCCGACGCUCCCUCACCACGAGUUGGCAGCCCGAGCACCACCAUUGGAAGCAGCAUCUUCCUCUUUUCCGGACGCGGAGGCCUUGAAAUGAAGCCAGUUGAAGAAAAAGGCGCUAUCUGGCGCUACAAUAUAACCGAAAAUACCUGGGACUUUAUCAAACCCGCUGAUCCUUCUACUCUGUUCCCAGAUGGUCGAAGCUACCAUUGUAUAACUUCAGAUGGAGUUGAUCAGCUUUACCUCCACUCUGGAUGCCCUGAACAGAAUCGUCUCAACGACCUCUGGGCUUUUGACGUGACCAAACGGGCUUGGAGUGAGUUACCUUCUGCACCAGGACCUGCGCGCGGUGGCUCUUCCAUCGCAUUUCACGAUGGCAAGCUGUAUCGCAUGAACGGCUUUGAUGGAAAGACAGAACAGGGUGGCGCCCUGGACAUCUAUAACAUUGAGACUGGCUCAUGGUCUACGGUGACUUACAAACCCGAUGGUGUUGAAGGUCCUGAAGCACGAAGUGUAGCAAGUCUUCUGUCAAUUACAGUACGGGGCAAGAAUUUCUUGAUCACCAUGUUUGGCGAGAGAGACCCAAGCGCUCUAGGCCAUGCUGGGGCCGGGAAGAUGCUGUCUGACGUCUGGGCUUUUGACAUCGAGGAGAGUAUCUGGCAGAGAGUGGAGAUUGGUGAUGAUAGACCUGUUGCUAGGGGUUGGUUCGACGCUAAUGUUGCGCGGGGCGAGAAUGAGAAAGAUGUUAUCCAAUGUAUCAAACCGGAUCCCGAACAAUCGUGUGAAUGGUGUGCGCAUCAUGACCUUGAGUGUGCUGUGAAGAGGGAGUCCCAGAGGAAGUCCGAUGUGAGCGCUGCACUCUCGAGCCACGUUCAGACACUGGAGCGUCGCGUUACGGAGCUUGAAGCAGCUCUCCUGCAGAUGCGCUCUGAGAUUAAAUCUUCAACUGUCUCUGCAUCGACUCCAACUGUCAAUUUGACAUCUCCAUACUCAACCUUGGGAGCAAAUUCUGAUGCUAGUUCGUUUUGUAUCACUCCAUACUCACAGCAGGAUAGUACAGGCUCUGGGAAUACUGCUAAUACAACGUCCACUGCCAUCUGGACAUGCCUCGGGCAACAUUGGUACUUCAAAGGCAUACCUAUCAACUCCACCAGAGGCCAUGGCUUCCGCCUCUUUGGUUCACAAGCAGGCAAUCCCAGCACUUCUCCGGCGCUUUUCAGCUUCCCGGACAGAUACACGGUGGAGGAGUCUCUAAAGUCAUACUUCGGCUCGCCAUGGCGAAUUAUAUACCCGAUAAUCGACCCGGUGCUGAUUCAAGAUAUUCUGGCAGUAGCGUAUGAUGAUUCUCAAGGCCCUUCUCCUCAAGGAAAGGCUUCAUCACAAGCGUUUAUUCUAGCGUUCAUGGCCAUGACUUCACGGCUGAGGGGUGCGCAUGUCCAGCCUCUUGACGGUGAUGUCUAUGUGCGCUCAUCGCAAUGCUAUUUAUCCCAAGUCAUCAGUCAGAGUCAGUGGGAGGCUGUAGCCACCCUCCAUCCCCAUGCUUGCCGUAUCUUGUACGAUCUCAAAGGUCAUAUUUCACAUCCCCUUACACCAAGCGAAUUGGAUAGCGCCGUUGAUCAAAGCCGGCGCAGGCAUAUCCGGAACCUCUUCUGGCUAUGCUACAUCUUCGAUAAGGACAUAGCCAUGCGAUCUGGUAGACCUCCUUGUAUCACCAGAGGCUAUUGUGACUUGACACUGCCGGAUGUUUGGGCUAGGAUAUGUGACGGGUCAGCCACUGGACCCGGUACUCCUCAAGAUGGGAUCUUUUCCAAGGGCGAUACUGUCUGUUUUCCCCAAGACCUGGACCUCUCCCAACUCAAAGAAAGGCUAUGCUUGUUUCUCUGCUCUCUCGACAACUCGAGCCUAUCAGAUGGCACGAUUCUCUGUCACGUUCGCCAACUAGACGUUGAUCUUGAGUCAUGGCGCUCGACCAUCCCUGUGGACUACAGGCCAAAGCUAUCCGUCCUUCCGGACCAACCGCUGUUCAAUCCGCAACUGUCGUUCCCACAAAGGACAAGAUGUAUUCACCUCCAGCUCGAGCACAAUUAUCUAACCACAGUGAUUCACACGGCUGUUCGAAGAUGCGGCGCAGUGUAUGCUGUCCAUGACAAUCUCCCCGACGAUCUGCACAGCGUCUAUCAUUCAAGCAGUGACAUCUCUCUAGAAGCGAGUCGCACUACCCUCCAGAUUUUCAAGUCUCAUACCGAUAUCCUCCAGGAGAAUGUGUUUGGGUAUGCGGAAUGCGUCUCCUCUCACUCACCCUGUGCUAACAUCUACAGUCACAUUGCAUUCUACCCCCCCAUAGCGGCCAUGGCACUGUUCCUGAACAUUCUGAUCCAUCCUUUAGAUCAGCGGGCUAGAAGCGACCUUGAUAUCUUGGCGGGGUGUACAACGUUAUUCCAGGAUAUGGCGAUGGAAGAGUUGACGAAUGAUGACAUGGACUGCAUUCACGAGCUCAAUAGAUUCGUAUCGGAAUUGGUCCGGCUUGGUAGCAGUGCGAUAUGGAAGGCAAAGAGAGAAUGGAAGACCACAACCGGGAUAUCAUCGUGA